CAUUCUGCGCACUCCUUUUUUUCUACAUUGACUGGAGUGCUGAUAUCAAUUUGGGAGUGGAAAUAUCAUAUUUACUUAAUUUUAACUUUUAAAAAUAAUAUUUAUGCAAUUAAAAAACAACGUGAUGAAAAACUCACGUCUCUUAUCUUCUUUAUAAACCUCAGACUCGUACAACGAAAGGCCAACCACUUCCAGCUCACGCGCAGAACAACAACAUGGCUUCUGGAAUUGCGACGGCGACCGGCGGUCCAGCCGUCGGCAGCUCCAUUUCCGACCUCCAUCCGGAUAUAAUCCAGACCCAUAUCCUGACCCGACUUGACGGUCUCAACCUCGCUUCCAUUGCCUCCACAUCCUCCCAACUCCACGCGCUAUCCGCCCAAGAACGCCUCUGGCGGGACAUCUGCACCUCCACGUGGCCUUCCCUCCGCCAUCCACGUGUUCGCCACGUCAUCUCCACGUUCCCCUCCGGUUACCGCUCCUUCUUCUCCGAUUCCUUUCCGGUCUCCGAUCACCAAUUACCACAGAAACAGAAGCUCCGGCCGGAGACGAUCACGACGGAGCUAAUCUCAGCCGUCGAUAUUUACUACGGAGACAAUGUUAUAUACUCAACGGUGGGAGAAACCCGGACCGGAACGAGUUCCUUCCUCGGGUCGGUUUUCCGGGUGGCCCUCGUCGACAUGAAAGAAUCCGCUCCGACGAGAAUCCUAAAUGACGAGUGGACGAUAGAACUGGGAGGAUCUUAUCUAGCCGUCGCCGGUGAGGGUGGAGAAGAACUGGUCGACGGGGAGGUGCAGUUGCGGUACUCGACGAUUAAACGGCGCCAGAAAAGUUGCGGGUCGGAGGAGUUGGUGGAGUUGGGGGUGGUGGUGACGUGUGGGUGGAAGGAGGGAGGUGAGGUGCAGGUGCGGGAGGUGAGCAUGCAGGCGGAGGAUAUGGAGGGAAGGAGUUUGAACGGGAGGGAGAGUCUGGAGAUUUUGGAAGCGGCCAUGGAAGGAGGCAGGAAGAAGGAAGGAAAAAAGAAAGAAGGGAAAGUGAGGUAUCGAGAAUUCCUGGAGAGGAAGAGGGAGAAGAAGGAGUUGAUGCGGAGAAAAGAAGGAGCUUUGGACACGGCUUGCAGAAUUUUGGACAUGGCGUGUGUCGUUAUUGGAGCUGCUGCAUUCGCCGCAUUUUGGAACUCGGCUUCUUUCUGGUAACAUACAGAAAAAGGAGAAGAAGAAGAAGAGUUGAAACACUAAUUAUCAUCAAUGGGGAUCGCUUCAUCUCAUUCAUGAAAAUUCAAUUCCAUAAGAGUUGAUACUCAGUUGUCUAAGAGUUAAUAAUCUUCAACUCUUAACUAUCAAACAUAAUAUGAUCUUCUAACGAUUCAAAAUUUAAUAAUUUA